AUGGCAGAACAGCACGGAGCGCCGGAGCAGGCAGCAGCUGGCAAAAGCCACGGAGGCCUUGGGGACAGCUACAAGGUGGUCGUGUAUGAACUAGAGAACUUCCAGGGUAAGCGAUGCGAGCUCACAGCUGAGUGCCCCAACCUGACUGACAGCCUAUUGGAGAAGGUGGGCUCCAUCCAAGUGGAGUCUGGGCCGUGGCUGGCGUUCGAGCGCAGGGCCUUCCGUGGGGAGCAGUUUGUUCUAGAGAAAGGGGAUUAUCCUCGCUGGGAUGCCUGGUCCAACAGCCACCACAGUGACAGCCUUCUUUCCCUCAGGCCUCUGCACAUUGAUGGUCCAGAUCACAAGCUGCAUUUGUUUGAGAACCCAGCGUUCAGUGGCCGCAAGAUGGAGAUAGUGGAUGAUGACGUGCCCAGCCUGUGGGCUCAUGGCUUCCAGGACCGAGUGGCGAGCAUCCGUGCCAUCAAUGGGACGUGGGUUGGCUAUGAAUUCCCCGGCUACCGCGGGCGCCAGUACGUGUUUGAGAAGGGCGAGUACCGCCACUGGAAUGAGUGGGACGCCAACCAGCCGCAGCUGCAGUCAGUGCGCCGCAUCCGCGACCAGAAGUGGCACAAACGCGGCUGCUUCCUCAGCAGCUGA